GGAGAAAUAUCGGAACGAUGCAGGCGCGGCGGUGUGGCUCUCUUUUCCUCCGGGAUAAAUAUGUAGAUCCCAUUUUCAUACCCUCAGUUUAUGAGUGUACGUGCUUCACGUGAGGCGCUAUUACACUGAGCCGGCCUUAUUGUUUAUGUUGACGAUUUCCCUCUGACAUAAGAACUGCAUGCAAUGCGACGCCGCUGGUUAUUUUGCCGGCGAAUUGGACGGUGAGCGCAGCAGGCGUGUGUGUAAUCUUUCCAGUCUUUGUAUAAGUUUGUGAAAUAGUUAUGGAUAAGAAAGUUUAUUAUACAAAAACGCAAACCUCGGACAAUUAUCCUCCCAGAGUUCUUCAUAUUUGUAGAUCGGUUGAAUCUUCAAUUGGCGGAAAUUUGACGACCUCGACAAUCGGGACAUCGUCAGCGCUGAUGGGUGAUAGAAGUCCUUCACCUAAUGUCUGUACUGUACCACAUGAUAGAAAUAACAAUGUCAUAGUGUCACCGUCCUGGGCAUCCAAACAAAAUCCAAGCAUAAAGCAAAACGACCUGCAAGUCAAGCUUCCUACAACAGUAAACAUCAAGACUGAACCAGAGUGCGACUCUCCAAAUAUAGUGCAGAUGACGGUACCUUGUUCAUCAAAGAUGAGGCGAGUUCGACGUUUUGUACCUACAGCCAGAAAGGAUGAAUUUUAUUGGAUGAAAAGAAGGAAAAACAAUGAGGCUGCCAGGAGAUCGAGAGAAAAAAGACGGACCAAUGAUCUGGUGUUGGCCCAGAAAGUAUUACUGUUAUUAAAAGAAAAUUUUCAACUGAAAAGAGAGCUGCUAGCAGUUAAACUCAAAUACAAUGAAAUUGAUCCAUCAGAAGUUGAAGAAAUAGAUAAGUAUUUGAGGAAACAUGAACUUCAUGCCGAUAUUCAAGACGGUCUCAACCUAAUGAACUUCGAUUUGCAAGAGAUUCAUGUGCAACCAAGCUCACAAUUUCAUUUGGCGAAGUCUGGAGAGACUAAGUUACCAUCAACAAAUGGUAUAGCAAGCUCAAGUAGACUGACAGAAAAUGUUAAUGGUCAAACCAUGCAUAAUACACUAAUACAAAAUGGGAUACAUGAAAAAGUUUCCUCUAUAAACGAAGAGAUUAAAUCUCACGUUGAUGGGAAGCAUCAAGUUUUGAAUCAUACUGUCUUCAUGGAAGUUUCAUGCAAUGCUGAAUCCAAUAACACAGAUUGUCAAUGCCCUGAACCUUUACAAAACUCCGUUCCCGAUAAUGUCCAGAAAACCUUGUCCGAUUCCAACAGAGCUUUUGACCUCCAGGCACCAUCAGCAGUAAAAAACAUUUUUGUACAAAGCUAUCAAGUCAGGAAUCCAGUAAACUCUCAGCAAAAUGGCAAUUUCCAUGAUAAUGAUAUGCACAAGGAAGGUAAAACUUAUCAUGUGAAGUACAUUCCUAAUCUAAAGGCUGAACAGCAGCGUAGUAGUAUACAGGAAGAACCUAAUGAAAAGCUGAUCUCGCUGCAUACUCGUUCAUACUCUGGAACAGAUUUGACAAAUAUUAGCAGUGAUUAUACAUCUACUUCAUACGAGGCGAGUUGUGAUACAUCUCCAAAAUCUGCAAUUGACCGACAUGAUGCGCCGGAUAAAAAUCUUAAACUUCCUUAUAAAUUGCGUUUCAAACUUGGUACAAUGCAGUCAGUGUAGAGUUAAGUAUGGUACAAACUUUUUGAAAAAAAAUCUUCAUAGACCUCCUUCGUUUUAUUUUAGCAUACGAAACAGCAAAAUGUUGUAAUCAUCCUAUCAUUGAAACGCCUUUUAAAACCUUACCUAUACAAAACUACUCAACUCAAGCUAUGAUUACAGGGAAACUUUUGGUACUCCCAUAAUGCGUGUACCAGGUUAGGGUUAGGCCAUAAUUCUAUUCCAAUUUUCCAUAUUUUAAUCCUCUUCCGAGUUCGGAGACUGUCUGUGUUAGCCAAGUGAGUAUACCCCCAGCCCAUAGGCUUCUGUCCCUUUACAUAACUUAAUGUACAGUAGGCGAACUAAAUUAGUUACCUUCAUGUGGAGCGCCAAAUUUUUUAUAUUACGUUAGGUUUCAUAUUCACUAGAGCUGUCAAUUAAAAAAAUGACUCUAUGAUACUUUUGGUAUGUCAACUGUUCUACUUCAUGGAUUUUCACAAGUAUACUGCACAGAGUCGUAAAACUAUGUUGAUCGCGUGCUUAAUAAAUUUAGUAACAAAGAAUUAUACACACAAUUGUUGUCAAUAUCAUUUCUUUUUCACGUCCCAAACUAUUAUCUUGAAAUUAUAUUCCUAAAUAGUGGAAAUUAUUUGAUCAAUAGUUUGGUAAUAUAGAGCAACAUCAAUAAUAUCACGAAUAAACAACCUAUCAUCGUAUUUCAUUCAAUUAACUAAUAGAAAAGAAUUCUGAAAUAACUAGAACAUAAUAUAUCAUUAUUGCUACCUGCAUGAAUAAUACUUGGCGUAUAAAGUCAAAUAAUUGGUAGCUCUGCUAAGAAGUUUGUAAUGCAGUGCAACUAACUCCAAGCAAAACAAAUGUGUCAAGAAAAUAUAUUUAUAAUCAAAGACUUCUAUUUAAUAUUUGAAAUAUUUUGCAAUACCUAGUACAUACGCUUCAAACCGAUAGCAAAAUAGUUCACCAAUAUCACUAAUUUGAUUACCCUAUGCUUCAAGCGCUAAUAUAAUAGUUCAAUUAUUAGAUUAUCAUGCACUUUUUGUCUUGUAUAUUAAAUCUGCAUAUAUAUGUUUCUUUUUUUUCCUCUUAUUAUUUGUAACAUUUAAACCAAGCCCAAAGUGAAUAAUCCCAAUAAGGGCAUGGCGUAUAUAGAACUAAUAUACCUCAGGUCUGUUAGGACGGCUAGAAAGUGUAGCAAAACUUUGGAUUUUUUCAUAUGUUGCAAAAAACUUCGAUUUAACUUUUUUAAGCAUCUUUAGGUCCAAAGCCUCGUGUAAACUAAGAGUUUGUUUUAGUUUAGUGUCCCCCCUUUUUAGGGUAUUUGUCUGGAGAAAAUGAUGAUGACUUUACCUUGAUACAUUAAAUAAUACAGGGCGUUCAUAGAGUCCUGUUUCAAUUUUAUUAUGGAGUCAGUUCUCAAUAUCUCCAUUUAUUUUAAUCAGUGUUUAUUAAGUUUCUUACUUCAUUUGAUAAAGGGCAGGGACCAGCAAACCAUAUAUGGUAUGGUUGAAUUCCCUUUGCAAUUUAAAAAAAUUCAUGACCUCAUGAACAUGAACACACUUGCAUAUUUAUGUUCACACCCAGAUUUCUUUAUUGAAAACCAGAUUGGUGCAUUGUAAUUCAGUCUUAUAUUGAAAUUUUGGAAAUAUAAUUGGUGAUGAAUAUUAUUGUGUUUCAAAACUUUAUUCAUAUUUCAUCUAUUCUUCUCUUUGAACACCAUGUCACAUGACUUUUUGUCUUGAACAUAGCUUAUUCUGUAUUUGCUGUAACAACUCGUUUUACUGCCGUGGCCAUGCUGUGUGCGUAUUGGUACAGUCGGUCAGCAUUUUUCGUACAACAUUGUUUGUUUUAAAAUAUUCUAAUAUUGUUGCCUUGCUGUUUAUGUUUGCCAGUGCACAAUUACUUUUUUUUCUGUUUAAAUACACACAAAGUAUGCCUGUCAA